AUGCUGGCCGAUGGAUUAAUGGAUAGCGGCUGGGAAACAAAAUUCUCUCUCUCUAUCUCUCUCCCUCUACCAUUCCCAGUCUGUUCAUCUCUCUCUCACUUUCUCUCUCUCUCUCUCUAUACCAUUCCAAGUCUGUUCAUCUCUCUCUCCAUUUAUCUCUCUCUCUCUACCAUUCCCACCUGGUCAUCUCUCUCUCCCUUUCUCUCUCUCUCUCUCUACCAUUCUCAGUCUGUUCAUCUCUCUCUCCCUUACUCACUCUCUCUCUACCAUUCUCAAUCUGUUCAUCUCUCUCUCCCGUUCGUUCUCUCUCUCUCUACCAUUCUCAGUCUGUUCAUCUCUCUCUCCCUUUCUCUCUCUCUCUCUCUACCAUUCCCAGUCUGUUCAUCUCUCUCUCUCUCCCUUUCUCUCUCUUUCUUUCUCUCUCUCUCUCUACCAUUCCCAGUCUGUUCAUCUCUCUCUCCCUUUCUCUCUCUCUCUCUCUACCAUUGUUCAUCUCUCUCCCUUUCUCUCUCUCUCUCUCUACCAUUCCCAGUCUGUUCAUCUCUCUCUCUCCCUUUCUCUCUCUUUCUUUCUCUCUCUCUCUCUCUACCAUUCCCAAUCUGUUCAUCUCUCUCUCCCUUUCGCUCUCUCUCUCUCUCUACCAUUCUCAGUCUGUUCCUCUCUCUCUCCCUUUUUCUCUCUCUCUCUACCAUUCCCAGUCUGUUCAUCUCUCUCUCUCCCUUUCUCUCUCUUUCUUUCUCUCUCUCUCUCUCUCUCUCUCUCUCUAUCUCUACCAUUCCCAGUCUGUUCAUCUCUCUCUCUCCCUUUCUCUCUCUCUCCCUACCAUUCUCAGUCUGUUCAUCUCUGUCUCUCUCUCUCUCUCUCUCUCUACCAUUGUUCAUCUCUCUCUCCCUCUCUCUCUCUCUCUCUCUCUACCAUUCCCAGUCUGUUCAUCUCUCUCUCCAUUUCUCUCUCUCUCUACCAUUCCCACCUGGUCAUCUCUCUCUCCCUUUCUCUCUCUUUCUCUCUACCAUUCUCAGUCUGUUCAUCUCUCUCUCCCUUUCUCUUUCUCUCUCUACCAUUCUCAGUCUGUUCAUCUCUCUCUCCCUUUCUCUACCAUUCCCAGUCUGUUCAUCUCUCUCUCCUUUUCUCUCUCUUUCUUUCUCGCUCUCUCUCUCUCUCUACCAUUCCCAGUCUGUUCAUCUCUCUCUCUCUUUCUCUCUCUCUCUACCAUUCCCAGUCUGUUCAUCUCUCUCUCUCUCUCUCUCUACCAUUCGCAGUCAGUUCAUCUCUCUCUCUAUCAUUCGCAGUCUGUCAUUCACUCUCUCUAUCAUUCUCAGUCCGUUCAUCUCUCCCUCUCAUUCUCUCUCUCCCUUUCUCUCUCUCUCUCUCCCUUUCUCUCUCUCUCUCUCCCUUUCUCUCUCUCUCUCUCUCUAUCAUUCCCAGUCUGUUUAUCUCUCUUUCUCUGUCUUUCUCUCUCUCUCUUUAGCAUUCCUAGCCUGUUCAUAUCUCUAUCAUUCUCAGUCUCUCAUUCACUCUAUCAUUCUCAGUCUGUUUAUCAAUCUCUCUCUCUCUUUCUCUUUCUCUCUCACUUUUAUUCUCUCUCUUUUUAUCUCUUCCUCUUUAUCCUUCUCUAUCUAUUCAUCUCUUGUUCUCACUCAUUUUCUCUUCCUCUCUCUCUCUCUCUCUCUCUCUCUCUCUCUUCUCUCUUUCUCUCUCUAUCAUUUUCAAUCUCCUUUCUUUCUUCUUAACCUAACCUUUUCUUUUUCUAUUCACCCGGACAGGGAUUGUUCUUUCUUCUUCUUCUUCUUCUUCUUUUUCUUCUUCUUCUUCUUCUUCUUAUUUCUUCUUCUUCUUCUUUUUGCUUCUAUCUCUUCUUCAGUUCUUUCUUCUUCUUCUUCUUCUUUUUCUUCUUCUUCUUCUUUUCUUUUUCUUCUUCUUCUUCUUAUUUCUUCUUCUUCUUUUUUUUUCUUCUUUCUUCUUUUCUUCUUCUUCUUCUUCUUCUUCUUCUUCUUCUUCUUCUUCUUAUUUCUUCUUCUUCUUCUUCUUUUUGCUUCUUCUCUUCUUCUUCUUUCUUCUUCUUCUUCUUCUUUUUCUUCUUCUUCUUCUUCUUCUUAUUUCUUCUUCUUCUUUUUGCUUCUAUCUCUUCUUCAGUUCUUUCUUCUUCUUCUUCUUCUUCUUUUUCUUCUUCUUCUUCUUCUUCUUCUUCUUUUUGCUUCUAUCUCUUCUUCAGUUCUUUCUUCUUCUUCUUCUUUUUCUUUUUCUUUUUCUUCUUCUUCUUCUUAUUUCUUCUUCUUAUUUCUUCUUCUUCUUCUUCUUUUUGCUUCUAUCUCUUCUUCAGUUCUUUCUUCUUCUUCUUCUUCUUUUUCUUCUUCUUCUUCUUCUUAUUUCUUAUUCUUCUUCUUAUUUCUUCUUCUUCUUCUUCUUCUUCUUCUUCUUCUUUUUGCUUCUAUCUCUUCUUCAGUUCUUUCUUCUUCUUCUUCUUUUCUUUUCUUCUUCUUCUUCUUCUUAUUUCUUCUUAUUAUUAUUAUUUCUUCUUCUUCUUCUUCUUCUUCUUCUUUUUGCUUCUAUCUCUUCUUCAGUUCUUUCUUCUUCUUCUUCUUCUUUUUCUUCUUCUUCUUCUUCUUCUUAUUUCUUCUUCUUCUUCUUCUUUUUGCUUCUAUCUCUUCUUCAGUUCUUUCUUCUUCUUCUUUUUCUUUUUCUUCUUCUUCUUCUUAUUUCUUCUUAUUAUUAUUUCUUCUUCUUCUUCUUAUUUCUUCUUCUUCUUCUUCUUCUUAUUUCUUCUUCUUCUUCUUCUUCUUUUUGCUUCUAUCUCUUCUUCAGUCUUUUUUCUUCUUUUUCUUCUUCUCAUUAUUAUUAUUAUUAUUAUUAAUUCUUCUUUCUCCUUUUUGUUUCUAUCUAUCUCUUCUUCAGGACUUCUCCCUUCUUAUUAUUUCUUCUUCUUUCUCUUUCUUCUUUUUGCUUCUAACUGUCUCUUCUUCAGGUCUUUCUUCUUUUUCUUCUUUUUCUUUUUCUUCUUUUCUCCUCCUUUUUAUUUCUUCUUCUUUUUACUUUUAUCUCUUCUUCAGUUCUUUCUUCUUCUUUUUCUUCAUCUUUUCUUCUUUUUCUUCUUCAUUCUUCUUUUCUCUCUCUCUCUCUCUCUCUCUCUCUCUCUCUCUCUCUCUCUGUUCUUUUUAUUUCGUCUUCUUCCUCAGUCUUCUUUUUGCUUCUAUCUUUUCUUCACUUCUUCUUCUUCUCCUCCUCCUCCUCCUCCAUCUGGAUGAAUGA